AUGGAGCUUCCCAACCCAUAUGGAAACCCACAACUGACACAUCCGUUCAACGCAUACAAUUCUCGGCCACAUGGUGCACUGCAACAUCAGAAUCAGAAUGCUGGUGCCACAAAUGAAGACCCAAUGGGACGGCAGAGCCAAACAAGAUUGCCAGUGUUCAAAGGACUUCAAUUCCGAGCAUCGAAGAAAGGUCGACAUUGCACAAGGCCCAUCAGCAGACCUCUUAUUCAGCGAGCAGUCGAAGACAUAAGUCAGAGAGCUUUCGAUCCAAAGAAGGAUUGUGUUAUUUGCAAGGCAGUGGCUCGGAACCAACGAAAGCCCCAUCGGAAACACCACCCUCGUUGCGAAGGCAACACAAAAACUCGUGGACAUUCUGCUACAGAAGUGGCAAGUAAUCGAUAUUCGGCGUACCUCAAGAGACACUUCUCUGCUAGAAUGACAGAUCCUGGCAAGGAAAAACAACUGACUGGCGGCACCACUCCAGGGGUUGAUCAGUAUUUGGUGAGGACGGUGAAGAAGUACCAGAGAGUUCAGACAGGAAAGGUCCCUGUGAUGGAAAUCAAUUCAGCGGUUGCAAGUAAGAUGCUUGUGCCAACAAGCUCUCCACAGGAAGUGGCAAUUUUUUUGGAGAAAAGCAUUGCAAUAAGACUGGAACAACCGCCACCAAAUAAGACUGUCCCUCCUGCAAUGUUGGCCUUGGCAACUGAGAUCAUGGAUCAAGUUCGGCACAAAAAACCAAGACAAAUAGCUGAGUCUAUGUCGCUACCUCAGAGUCAACCGUUCAAGGAAGCGAAUGCUAGAUUCAUGGCAAUCUUUGGAUCGAACAACAUUGUAUAUACGGUUCCACAUGUGAUGGAUUCAAGACGUUUGAUCAACCCACAUUUCCAUUCCAUCGCUGGGUCCAAAUUCAUCUACAUGGACUUUGAAGUUGCCUUUCCAGACUUGGAACUAGCUUGCUAUCAAUGUUCAUCUAGCGAUCUACGUCGAGAACGUGAUUACUGGAGUCACCACAAACGUCUGUUUCCGGUUGUUGAUGAUUCCAAUGAGAUUUGGUGCUUACCAUUCAGGUACCAAUGCAAUUGUUGCAAACAUGUAUUCUCGACAAAUGAAGGACAGUUUCUUGCAACCCUUCCAGCAUUCAUCCGCAACCAAUAUCCUGUCGACCCAAGGUAUGCAGAUGGUCCCCAGCAAACUCACCUAUCGAAGCCACUCACUGCUGACAUGGAGGAAGGCAUGUUGCAGUUCUCCAGUGCAGCUCAAUUUACAAAGAAGAUCUACAGACGGAAAAAUGAAGCGUUUCUUGAAAAGAUGGAAGACUAUUACAGCAGACCAAAUAUUGCUGGAGCUUAUCCCCCACUACAAGAGGUGGUUCGAACAUAUCCACCGUCCGACCAAGAUUGCCGAAACCAAUUCAAACGCGCUCAGGAUUCGGUCCUUAAUCCAGAGGGAAUGGCAGCAAAUGAUCGAUUCGAGCGGAUGAUUCAAGCAACAAGCAUUGGAGAGCUUCUCGCGAUUGACCAUACCUUUGAGACUCUGAAGAACUAUCGAUUGGAAGGUGGCAAAGCGAUCUUUACAGUCUUGAAUGAAAAGGGUCAAAUUUGCACCUUGGGGAUUGUUGCGUCGCAGAAGCUGCAAGAGGUCGACCACCUGCUGAAUGCAAUGUUGAAGCGGAAGGGGAUGAACUUCAAUGACGGCAAAAGGCGAGGGCUGUAUACCGAUACAUGGCCAAAUAGUGAGACCUACUGGAUCAAGCGCCUUGGACCAAACACGAAUGGGACACUGGGCCUAUUCCACUUUAACCAGCGAGUCACGAAGCACCUGAACCCAACGAGUCCCCACUUCCAUCUGGUAAAAGAUCGCUUUCAAAGGUCCGUCUACAGGUACAAUCAAGACGACAUGGAUGGAUUGAUGAAAGCGUUUCGUGACGGGAGCAUUAAAAAGCAAGGUGACGGUGAGCCGUACACAAACAAAGAAGUGGACGAAUUGCGACUCUCGAAAAAUUGGACUAGGAACUACACCAAGUAUCUCAGAAAGGAGAUUCUGAGUGGAGACGAAGUCAACAGAAAUUUACAUGAGUUUGGAGUCUGGGUUCAAGGCUUUCUCAAGACAACUCCAGAACUUAUAGACGUCUUCACGACUUCUGUACAAAAGUUCAUGGACCAACUCGAGAACAAUCGACUGCAUGCCAACCACAUUCAAGAUCCGGAAGGUAUUGAGAUGUAUCGAGGCAUCCAACCUGGCAAGAGAGCACUCAUUCCACUACUCGUGUGGCUAUCCAAACGUCCAGAGAGCUUGCUUGAAAUGUUCCAUGGUCUCUUGCGUCACUUUGCAAAUGGGGGAAUGCGUCCAGAAGUGGCAGACUCUCUAACUUUGAGAGGUGCUGCGGAAUACAAUCUACUACGGGAGCACAGAGUUCAGCAGAUGGAAAACAAUGGUGGUGAUGUUGAUUGUUGUUGGGAGUUUGUACCAGGAUACUUGCGAGAUCGUCCUCUGUGGUACAAUCAUGCCAGACUUCAUUUUCUCAAUGUGCUUGCAAUCACAAAGGGUAUUGAGCCGCCAUUUCCGCACAUCAAAGCCAUGGCACCAAACACCGGCGAAGUCUUCUUGUCCAAGUACUUCAGCGAACAAAAGGAAAGGAACACACUUGGAAAAACGAUGGAUGGACUCUGCACUUGCAAGGAAUGCGAGUCGAGCGCAAUCCAAUUUGAUACAACAGCUGCAAGUCCAGCUCUUAAUCCACCUGGGCACGAAAGCGUAAAAGAAUUGUCUAAAGUAGGAGCAACCACAGCAGUAUCGCCAAUUCGUCGUGUCUCGCACGCACCACAGCCCCCUUCUAGAAGAUUGUUGGCGGUUCCGAAUGGCAAUGCUCCGAGAAGUGUUCCUUCAACAAUUCCAAAUUUUGUGUUCCCAUCAUCAUCGAAUCUGCCAUUUUUUUCGAUGAAUCCUCCUUAUGUUGGAGUUGGAGGAGGUCACCAUCCAGUAGUUCGAUUUCUUCCAUUUCAGGCGACCAAUGCAAUGCUACCGUUUCACUUCCUUCAGCCGAACUUGAAUCAAAACUUUUGCUGUCGACCAUACGCUCAAUACAUCUUUUACCAGAUGAACAAUGGUGGAAAGAAAAAACCUGGGCCCAUUCCACAUGACAAGCAUUGCCUAACAAAGAAGAAAUAA